GUGAAGUCUAAGAGGGGAGAUAUUGCUGAGAAAGAAGCUUGGUACAGCUUCCAAGAUGAGCGGCCGAAGUGCAAAGAGCCCCGGGCUAGAGCUGAGGCUGAACUUGUCACCACCAAGAGCUGAUGGCCGGUACCAUCUCCAAGCGAAGGACUCCCCGAAAUCAUCGACAUCGUCGCCUUCCUCGUGCGAGAGCUCAUGCGUCUCCUCCUCGUCAGCUGGGCUCGAAGAGAACCACAACAGCAACAGCAACAACACCGGCGACGAUCCUCGGCCGGCUGUGGCCACUUCGAUGGUGGUCGUGGGCUGCCCCCGAUGCCUCAUGUACGUGAUGCUGUCCGAGGUCGACCCCAAGUGCCCGAGGUGCAAGAGCUCCGUCCUGCUCGACUUCGUCGGCGAAGACAACCACUCCACCAAGAAGAACAGGGUCUGAAGCAUGAGCUCCGAUAAAAACCCUACAAGAUUUGCCUCUUUUUUUUUUUUUUUUUCACUUAAGGGCCUUAGUUUAUACAGCAGUUGGUCGCCCAAAUGGAUUCGUGUAGUAUCAGUCCUCGACAUAGCGAUACGGUUUGAUGAUCUAAAUCGCUUUU